UCACCAAUAAAAAUAGUUCAUGGUUAAAAUAUUAUUAUAUUGAUCUUAACAUUCGAUAUAUUUCACUUCAGUCUACUGUAAUAUAUAACAUAAAUUCAACAAUAUUUAUCAAUUUAUUUAUUUUUAUUUAAAAACAAUUUUAAAAUGGGAUGUGAUGGUGGUACUAUACCUAAAAGGGAUGAAUUGGUUCGAACUAAAAAGAAGCCAGAGCAGAAGGAUAAAUCAUCAGAACAGUUAUUCCGUUGGCGCAAUUGCCAUCUAACUCAAGAAGCUCUUAGAUCACCAAUAGUUGCAUGUGGAAUGGGUCUUUUAUAUAAUAAAGAAUCUAUAUUACAACAUUUAUUGAAUAAGACUCCACUUCCUGAAUGCUCUAUACAUAUAAAAAAUCUCAAGGAUAUCAAAGAAAUAAAAUUUACUGCAAAUCCUGCAUUCAAAGGAAAAGCCCAAAGUGUUGGAGGAUAUACAGAUAAUAAUGUCUCACCCUAUAUAUGUCCUUUAAUUGGUUUAGAGGUGAAUGAUCGUUCCAAAUUUUGUUUUUUAUGGAAUUGUGGGUGUGUUAUUUCAGAAAGAGGUUUAAAGUUAGGUGCUGAUAAUAAAUGUGUAAACUGUACAUCUGAUUAUGUAGACGAUGAUAUUGUUAUAUUAAACCCAAGUGAAGAUGAUAUUAACUUAAUGAAACAAAGAUUGGUUAAACGAAAGGAAAAAUUAAAAAGUAAAAAAAAUAAAAGUAAAGAGAUUGUCAUUAAAAAGGAGUCUAAUGAAUCUAUUGAUUUAAAAGAUGUUAAGCCACAAAUUAUAAAACCCGAUUCCAUUAAAAUAGAAUUUAAAAAUAUUAACGUAAAAUUAGAAAAUAAAAGUGAAGAAACUAAAAGAAAAUUGGAGCCCAGUUUUAAAAAAGAACAAAAUAAGAAAGCUUUAUACUCUGCCAGUUCCAGUUCAACAAGUACAAAUUCUUGUUGUCGUAAACUUGAAGAUCCAGUUUACAAAAAAGCAAAAUUAUCUCAUAGUAUUGCUAAAGAUGAAUCAGCAACUAACGUGUUCAAAUCUCUAUUUACUAGUCAUGAAGAUGAUAAAAAACAAACUAGGGCUCAUUGGAUAACAUACAACCCAUUUUAUAACUAAAUUUAAACAUGUAAAUUAUAUAGCAUAAUUGUUAUUUUCAAAAAACCAUUUUAAUUGUAUAAUAUUCAUAUAUACAUAAAAUUUUAGUGUACAAAAAUAUCUAUGUACUUAUUUUCUAAAAAAAUUAAAUUAUACUAAGCUUUGGUUUAUAUGGUUCAUUUUAAAUUUUCUGAAAAUUCAGGGGCUAAAUGAGGAUAAAUAGUUAUGGUGUUUAAAUUUUUUAGUUAUAUCAGAAUAAUAAUUUCUUCACUAGCUUUUCAAUUUCUCUUAAAAUUGUUAGUUAUAUAUCUUCAUUAAUCUGUUAAAAAUAUUUUUUAUGUUCAUUUCUUAUACCUUAUAAGGGUGACAAUUCUUUUUCAAAUAGUACUAUCUAUAACUAAUUAUUAUACCUGGGUAUUAAAAUAUAAUAUAUUUUUAAUUAAUAACAGAAAAUUUUAAAACAUCCAAAAACAUUUGUUCAUAUUUUUAAAAGUUUAAUACAAAAACACUAUUUAGAAGAAGGAGAUUAAAGUUUAAUACAAAACUUAAAAUAAAUUCAUUGAAGUAUAAUUUAUUUAAUUAAUAAUAUAUAAUUAUAUCAAUAUUUCAAUCAUAUUUUAACAUUGUAAAAAAAAUGUAACAUCUAGUAUUCAUUUAUUAUCUUUGGUAAACACACUACACAUUAAUAAAUACAUAUAAAACUACAUUAUUGACCUCUGCGUUUGACAAACCUUACCAUUAAAAAAGGUAGCCCAAAUCCGGAACUAAAGAACACCGCUAAAAGUGCAGUAAACUUAUACUUGCUGUACACAUCAAAGGGCAAAUUUCUGCCAGGGCCUUCAUACGCAUGACUAUUUCGAGCAG